GUCACUAAUACUAAAUGUCCCGUUCUGCUCUUUCCACUUUUUUCCCCUGGUCCCUUUAGAAGAGGGUGAUGAGGAUCGGGUGGGAGGGCUCUCACGGUGACUCUGAAAAACUCAAGUCACUCCAGCAUCUGAGCUGAGUUGAGUUGAGUGUAUGUGAUCCCACAGUUCACCUUUCUACAUCAGACCGCAAGACCUUUCCUCUCGGACAGCUGCAGUGAGAUCGCUGUCACUAAAGAUGGAGGGUGAGAAGGGAACAUUAGAGGCAGGUACCAAAGAGCAACCUGAUAUGACGGGUCCCCUGACAGCCGAACAGCUGGCAGCUAUAGAGGAUGAAGAGAUCCUCAAUAAUAUGCUAGAUAAGGCUGUGGAUUUUGAGGAGAGGAAAAUGAUCCGCGCUGCCAUGAGAGAACUGCUGAAGAGAAAGAGGGAGCGGCGUGAUAGAGAGCGGGCGGCCCGAAUGGAGAACCUGCGUCAGCAGGGUGGUGGAGGAAAGACAGCUGCUGGACUGAAUAAGGACCAGAAACCCGCUAAUGGCCCGAGCGGCGCUCAGUACAAUGCACACAGGACGGCUCAGGCAAAAUCAUUUUCUCCACCAACCUCUACUUCCUCUCCAAAAACUGUGGGCAGUCCGGCUCAGUCCCAUGUGGCCAGGGUUAAAGUGCCGGGCAGCUCGGCGGUCGGGGGCCCAAAUACCAAAGAUGUCAAACAGAUGCUGCUGGACUGGUGCCGGGUCAAGACUGAACCAUAUGAGGGCGUGAACAUCCAUAAUUUCUCCUCUAGCUGGGCAGACGGUCUGGCGUUUUGUGCCCUGGUGCACAGGUUCUUCUCAGAGAGCUUUGAAUAUUGCACUCUCGACCCUUAUGAUCGCAGGGCCAACUUUGAGAAGGCAUUCAAGACUGCAGAGACACUAGCUGACUGUCCUCGCCUGCUGGACGUUGAUGACUUGAUGCGGAUGCGAGAGCCGGACUGGAAGUGUGUGUACACGUAUAUCCAGGAGUUUUACCGCUGCCUAGUAGAGAAAGGCCUCGUCAAGACUAAAAAGAAGAUGCCAUAGAAACUUUCACAUUUUGAGCAUUUUCACUGUAAAUGACCAAAGAACUACAAAAGGCACACAACAUAGCGCACAUGUGACCUGAAGCUUCUACCAAAGAUCAGUCUAUUAUGUACUCAUGCUCUUCUCUGUUUCAUACACGCAUGCAGCGGAUGAGGUUUAUAACCUGUGUGUUUUGUGCUCGGGUACAGCUGGGGCUCUGAAACAGUGCAUUCCUGUGAGAUUACACAUGCCUUAAUCUCAGUCUAUGCUUAGAGAUUGUGUGAAAGUGUGUGUGCGUACAUGCGGAUGGCUUUUUAUGGUACUGCUACUCCCUGUUUUGAAUGCGCUCCAGCACUGAGACAUCAGGCUUAUAAGGGCAUGAGAUCUAAUGCGGAAUUAUACUUAACCCAGAUUUAUCAUUUGUUUAAAAAUAUAGACGAGGGCACUUUCACUAUUAAAUAAGAGUUCAGAAAGAAAAACAAAGCCUUGAAAAUGCCUCAGUCGUCUCCUACAGAAUAGAAAUGUCACCUGCUUUUGCUUGUAUACAGGGUGAAAUAUGACAGCUUGAAUAGUUUUCGGUUUCUCUCAUUUUGUUCAGGAUCUGAAGUCCAUCAUACUAAGCGUUUGCUUGGUACUACAAAAAUGACCCUAGAACUGCACUAAGAGAGAUUAGGUCCAAUCAAACCUCUCACUCAGGGAUAGACGGGCCCUUGAGGCCUGUAAGACGCCUGUAAGUCUCGUUUCAGAAGACCGAUGGUAAUUUUCAAGUGCUUUUAAAUGUUCUCGACACUUUAUUUGCUGCAUGGCUAAUGACUUAAGUGCACUUUAGAUGUGCAUUUUAAACACAGAUAUUGACACUUCUAUUGUAGCUAAUAACAUAUGAUAAAAAUGAUAUAUUACAAAUUAUGUAAGUAUUAUUAUCUAGUGCUUUAAGUCAUACAAGUACAAUUUCUGUAAAUCUGUAUCUGGUUUGAUUAAAU